AAGCCGCUUGCUGGUUACUAGCUCCGCCUUGGUCCCACUGCGUCUGAGCGAGCACAGUUCCGCUGCCAGCGGUUCUGGGAAUUCGCCCGAUUCUUCUCAGGUCCCUUCGCUUCCUUCCUAGCUUUCAGCCACUGCACUGCCCCUGCGACCCGCUCCCUCCUGGCUGCUCCAGGGCUGGAGAGCACAGCAUAUGUGGAGAAAUUGUUGUGGAAGAGACCCCUAUGAAUUCAUUGACCGAAUUUAUGGAGAAGCCUGCAAAUGAUGGAAGUCAUUCAGAAGAACUGUUUUCCCAUUUGAAAAGUAGACGAGAGAAAGAACAUUUACCAAAGCAUGCCAGUGAAAGUCACCUCAGCUGUCUAAAGCAGGACAUCCUAAAUGAAAAGACUGAGUUGGAAGCAACAUUUAAGGAAGCCGAGUUGGCAACCUAUUCUGUAGAAUCACUUUUACUGUUAUUUAAGGACACCAUUGAAGAAAUUAGUUUUGAAAAUGCUAAUCUUUCUGCAUCCAAUUUGAAGAAGAUUUUUAAACAGAAGGAAAUCUUAACAAAAGAAUUAGAUACUUUUAAGCGUGCAAAACAAACUUUAGAACACCUUCUUGGAAAGACAGAAUACCAACAAAUAGGUGACAGUUUAUCCAGCAUAUUAGAGGAGCUAAGUGAUAGCGAAAGUGAAAAUACUGAUCUUAAGAAGAAGGUACUGGAAAAGGAGACCUAUAUCCAAGAGCUUUCUUGUUUGUUUCAGAAUGAAAAGGAAAAUGCUUUGAAAGCCAACCGUUUUUCACAAUCAGUUAAAGUAGUUCACGAACGACUACAGCUUCAAAUUCACAAAAAGGAAGCAGAGAACGAGAAAUUAAAAGAAUACAUAAAGAGCUUGGAGACCAAGAUAGCCCAAUGGAACUUGCAGUUGCGAAAGAAUAAGCAGGAGACUGUAGCAAUGAAAGAAUCGAGUAGGCAAAAAGCUAUAGCCCUGAAAAAGGCAUCUAAAAUUUAUAGACAGAGGCUUGAACAUUUUACCGGAGAUAUUGAAAACCUUACUUCCCAGAUUAGAAAUCAGGAAGCCAAGUUGUCUGAAGCAAUUUCAGCUUCCAAUGCCUGGAAAAGUCAUUAUGAGAAAAUUGUAAUAGAAAAAACCGAAUUGGAAGUUCAGGUCGAAACAAUGAAAAAGCAAAUCAAUAAUCUUUUGGAAGACCUGAAGAAAAUGGAGGACCAUGGAAAAAAUUCAUGUGAAGAGAUUCUUAGAAAACUUCAGUCAAUUGAAUGUGAAAGUGAAACUCUGAAUCUCAAGAAUACAAAAUUAAAGACUACACUUGCUGCUUUGAAGGACAAGGUUGUUUCCGUUGAAAAUGAGCUCUUAGAAUUGCAAGAAGUAGAAAAACAACAGAAAACCCUCAUUGAAGUGUACAAAGCUCAGAUACAGAAGUUGCAAGAAGCAGCUGAAAUGGUGAAAAGCAGAUGUGAAAAUUUGCUAAGUGAAAAUAACCUAAUAGCAAAAAACAAAAAUAAAAAAUUAGAGAAGUUUGAUGGAAAUCACAGUCUUCUGACAGAGCUUUCUCUGGAAGAGGAGAAUUGUCUUAUUCAGUUGAAGUGUGAAAACCUAAAACAAAAAUUAGAACAGAUGGAUGCAGAAAAUAAAGAGCUUGAAAAGAAGCUGGAAAACCAGGAAGAAUGUCUUAAGCACAGCAAUCUUAAGUUUAAAGAGAAGUCUGCAGAAUACACAGCGUUGGCUAGACAGCUGGAAGCUGCUUUAGAAGAAGGAAGACAGAAGACUCAUAUAUUCUGCUGCUUCUUUGAUAUCUCCAGUUAACAGAGGCAUCUCAAACUUAACAUGUUCAACACCAAAUUCUGAAUCAUUCCCUCUGAACUCUAUUCCACCCAUGGUCUUCCAAAGCCUGUUAAUGGCAGCUCCGCAAGAGUCAGGUAAAGUCUGAUAUCCUUGAUAUGUGGCUCUAUAUCACAAGUGCCAUAUAAUUUUUUUUUUAACUCUGGGAAACCAAUUUAAAUUGAUAUUGAAGGACACAUCAUUGAAUAAAAGGUAAGUAGUAAAAUGUACCGCCAGUGGUAGAAUUGUAAUCCAGAUUUUUCAGUGCCUUCAAUCUUUGGGAGGAAAAUAAGAAGCGACUUUAUCUUGGGUUCAGCCUAAGUGGACUUUGGAAAUGCUGGAUACUUUCAGAUUCCUGCUUAAGUGUUCAGAGUCCCCAGAGAUGUGUGUGCCUUUUCCUUUCUCUCUUGCUGCAGUGGACUGUAGGGCUGUCUCCAGAUGCUGUCCAUGAGGCAUGCUGUCACUGCACUGUCACCAUUGUCCACGCUGCGGGACACGGUCAAGGACAUGUUCUCCCACAGCUUUAGAUCCUUCCAGUAUGGCUCAGUCAUCAGUUACAAUCACCCUUAGAAUUUGUGUGCAAGACAUUUCUGUAUAUCACUUUAUAAUAACUUAGAACUGAGUCCAUAGGAGCUAGAUUAGAGGACAGCCCUUCCCUCUAGCUCCUUGCUCCUUAACUAGUCCUUGCCUCCAUUCUCAUUGUUGUGGCUCCAACCCAACAUUCUUGCAAAUAGGCUCCCACAUAUCUGAAUCCUUGUAUGAACAUAGCUAAGUCAGACUUUCUAUUAAAUAGGCAGUCAGAAAAAGGUAGGAACUCAAAUUCAGACCACUUUGAAAGUGAAUGAAUGAAAAAUCAAUCUCGUGUGUGUGUGUAUGAAGUGUACAUGUCACCUGCCCUGCCCCCAGUUCUACCCAUCCAAGUCUAUAAUCAGCAAUGAAUGAGAACUUUCUAUAUUCCAGCACCACUCUAGACACCAUGGUGAAUAUAAAUACUCUAAAAUGGAAAUUGGUCUCAGAGGGUAUAAAAAUACAGUAUUGGGGAGAAAACCUACCAAGUUACAGAGCCGUGCAAAUGCAUGCACCUCAUAUCUCAGGCCAUUUUGCAGAUUCUUAUACUGUAUGUGCUUCCUUAAUGUAGAACAACUUUAAACACUUUCUAAUUAAAUUAUGUAGCAUCCAAUUAAUAUCUGUUUGGAAAAAAGAAGUAUAACUAUGUCAAGGUUUUAUUUAUUUAUUUAUUUAUUUAUUUAUUUAUUUAUUUAUUUAUUUAUUUAUUUAUUUAUUUUAA